GGCAGCACACCGGAGCCCUGCUUAGGCGCGCAGUUAGUGUGCGGGGAGCUGGGUCAGGCAGCCGCCGCGGCACCGCGUGCCUGGAAAGCGCUUUAGCACUCUGGAGAAGCCGGGACAGCUCCUCUCCCCCCGCAGCCAGGUGCUAGAGUCGAAGCCGGCGAGGCUACGGUGGGAGUCCGGCGGUCUUCCAGCACCUGGGCCACGGCGGCGGCCCUGGGAGCAGAGGUGGAGCGACCCAGUGACUCUGAAGAUGAAAGGCUGGGUUUGGCUGGCCCUUCUUCUGGGGUCCCUGCUGGGAACUGCAUGGGCUCGGAGGAGCCAGGAUCUACACUGUGGAGCUUGCAGGGCUCUGGUGGAUGAACUGGAGUGGGAAAUUGCUCAGGUGGAUCCCAAGAAGACCAUUCAGAUGGGGUCUUUCCGGAUCAAUCCAGAUGGCAGCCAGUCAGUGGUGGAGGUGCCUUAUGCCCGCUCAGAGGCCCACCUCACAGAGCUGCUAGAAGAGGUGUGUGACCGAAUGAAGGAAUACGGGGAACAGAUUGACCCUUCCACCCACCGCAAGAACUACGUACGUGUAGUGGGCCGGAGUGGAGAAUCCAGUGAGCUGGACCUACAGGGCAUCCGAAUUGAUUCAGACAUCAGUGGCACCCUCAAGUUUGCGUGUGAGAGCAUCGUGGAGGAAUAUGAGGAUGAGCUUAUUGAAUUCUUUUCCCGAGAGGCUGACAAUGUUAAAGACAAACUUUGUAGUAAGCGAACAGAUCUAUGCGACCAUGCCCUGCACAUAUCUCAUGAUGAGCUAUGAACCACUGGAGCGACUCAGAUGGACAGGCUUGAUGGAUCACCCCCAGGAGGGGAAGAGCGUGGCAAUAUCUUUUAUAUUAUGUUUUUACUGAAAUGAACUGGAAAAACAUGAAACCAAAAGUAUAAACUGUCUUGUCUUUUCAUGCCUGAA